GCCCCUGGAGUAGUGAACAACCUCUCUGGCAGUGCCCCCAUCCCGUGGCACGGCCUUCUCCCCGGGGGGUAGGGAGCACCUAUGUAGUCUUCAGGCUGGUCAGGGGAUUGCGGGUCGGGAGUGAGGGGCAGCGGCAGGGCUGGGGAGAGGGGGCAGGGGGCUUCGAGUCCGCGGUGCGGGGCACGAGCAGGGCUGGGCCACGAUCCCGGAUGCCCAGUGCCCGGCACGGGGCCGGAUUCAAUAUUUGCCCAGGCUAGGUGGGGCGCGGGCAGGGCUGGGAGGAUGGAGGGCAGGUAGAGCCGGGCGGGGGGCGCCAGGACCCCAUCGCCCCCCUCUGCCCCAGCCAGACCCAGAUCCCCCCACCCCGUGCAGGGAUCCUGCCCCCCAGCCCGGGGGGUCCGCCCGCUCCGCCCCCGCCGGUCCCGGCCACUUUCACUUUCGGUGGCGGCCUGGCUUGGGGCAGCGGGCGGCAGCGCCUGGGGGGGCUCGGAGAAGCCCCCCCUUCCCCAGAGCCCCCCCCCCACUGCUCAGCUGCCCCCGCUUGAGGGAGCCCCCCGGCAUGCCGGCCGCCCACCCCUUGACGUGGAGAUGACUUGGUGCCAUGCACCCCCGGACCCCCAGUCCCUGCCCAGUGCCUCUGUGGCUCCCCUGCUGCUGCUGCUGCUGCUGCUGGCUCUGGCCCCCCCUGGGCAAGGCUGCAUCUUCGAACACGAUCCUUUCAGCACCACCUUAACCAGAGACAUAGAAGAACUGACCCAGCUGCUGCUCCUGGACUACCCCGUCUUGUUGCCCUCCAACCUGGAGCCGGACCUCUGGUGCUACGACUUCUGGGUGAUCCACUUUGUGGCGGCUGAGCUAAGGCACAUGGAGCAGGUCGCAGGGCGCAGCCUGAACCCCAAGAUCCAGACCGUGGCCAGACAGAUCCACUUCCUCCAGGACUGCAACAUCAGUGACCCCCUAGGCUGUACACGGCAGGGGCAGACCAAUGUGUCGCAGCUGCUGGGCGCCCUGAGCUACCACAUGGGAGAGCUGGAGACACGGUGGCAGCAGGAGCCAUGGCCUGUGACGAUGAGCAACUGCACCUAUGUGCGCUGCCGGACAGAUACCCCUGACCCCACAUCUGAGAUGGCCUCACUGCCAGCCCUGACCUACUCCAGGCAGAAGCAGGAGAGGACCCUGGUGUCCAGGGCCAGCCCCCAGACUGGGGGGCUGGUCUUGCUAAUCUUGGUGCCCACUCUUUUGUGUCUGGGCUUUACCUUGUGGCAGCUCCAACAGAGGUUGUGGAGACAGAGGACCCAGGUGCCCGAGGAGAUGGGCACCUGAAUGGAAAGAGAACAGGACCUGAUAGGAAGCAAUGACUGGGGUAGGAUAGCGUGAAUGGAGUCCUGGUGGGUUAGAGCAGGUGGGGCUGGAAGCCCGGACGCCUGGGUUCUUUCCCAGCUCUGGGAGGGCAGUGGGGACUGAUGGGUUAGAGCAGUAGGGGCUGGAAGCGAGGACACCUGGGUUUUCUCCCAAUGGUGCAGAGGACUUGGGGGUCUGUUGGGUUAGAACAGGAAGGGUGGGGGACUGGGAGCUUGGACACCUGGGUUCUGUCUGUGGAUCCAGUUCUUUCCCAUCUUAUUGCAGGGUCACUGGAGCUGCCCCAGCUCCAGCCCCCAUGGGCUGCAGCCAGGCCAAGAAUGGGGGGAAAGAGCUCCUCUCCUUCUAUGGUGCCUCUCCCCUCCAUGGGCUGAGUUGGGGAGCUGGGAUCCCACCAGGGGCCUUACCCCUCAUCCCCUCCAGGGGCAUGGUGGCACCUGGAACCUGCAGCGGAAGACAUGGGUGCAGUACCCACCUCCAAUGACUAGGGGGCGUUGUGCUCAGGCCCCACCCAGGCCUUCCCUGUACAGAUUACUGUGUAUAUAGAUAAAUAGAUUUUUAUAUAAAAAUAUCUAUAUUUUAUAUAAAGCUGCUUUUAAUAGACCUGC